GGGGUACACUGCAUAAGCGUCCAAUAAUUCCCGGAGAAGGUCGGAGUGCACCAUCCACAUGCAGUGUGUAAAGCUUUGCGUCAUGAUGUCCAUGGCUGGUCCGUACUCUUUGUGUGCUACCCUAUACCCUGCAAUGGGCGGCGUCCGCCAUGUCAACACCACCUAUUUUCGAUGCCGUGAUGGCUGCUUAAUUUACAAUCUGGCCUUGGACACAAUGUUGGCGCCCCAACGGGAGAGGGGAUCGGCAUGAAGGCUGCUGUAUGACGGAUCGAUCGUGAAUUAGAGUGCAGCUGUCGUACUUUUGCAGGACUGCGUCUCCCCGGACUACCCACCACUGGGCUCCUUUCUCUCUGAGUUUCAUUCUAAGUUUCCUGGAACCAAAAAAGCAAAGCACGAAAACAACAAAGAAAAAAAAAAAGAAAAAGUACAAAGGUCGUUCCAAGUUCCAGACGAACCCACCGCUUGUGGUAUAUUCCAUGGAAAGCUCGUAGCAGUGCCAGCCGGAGUGUGCGGUGCUCCUAGCUUCUAUCGCGUCACCUCUCAUGCCCUGCAGAUAUUGCGGAGAGUCGCACAGGAUCUAGAAAUCCAGAGUAACCCUGGACUGCUCGCUAUAAGUAUCCGUGUUGGCCCGGAGACCCGACGGAUCCCUGUUCGUGUCGACUCACAUCUCUGCCAUUACGUCCUACCGUUCAAGAUUCCACACUCCUCUCCAAAUAUGGCGGCUAACGAAUUCCAAUAUGAUCCCAAGAAACACGCUCCCCCUAAACUGACCCAAAUCUUCCACCACCCCGUCGAUAACUGUCCAGGCAAAUGCAUCAUCGGGCUCAUUGCGGAGCUUGGCCCCGGCACCGCACUGCCACCCCAUCGCCACGGCGGGGCGACGGUGUCCGGCUACAUCCUCGAGGGAACGAUCUACAACAAGAUGAACGAUGAGCCACAGGAGACCAUUAGCAAGGGCGGGCAGUGGUUUGAGAGGCCCGGAUGCCAUCAUAGAGUCAACGCCAAUGCCAGUGACACCGAACCGGCUAAGUUCUUCGCGACCUUCGUGAUUGACGAGGAGGCGGUGAAGCAGGGACGGUUGAUGGAGAUAGAUGAGGAAUAUCAGCAUGUGGAAUGCGCGGUGGAGCAGUCGCCUGGCAUGAGGGGUGAAUGUAAAUGUAAGAGUUGAUUGUUUUACUAAGGGUGAUGGUGGAUAUAUAAUUCUUAUCUAUGAACUACUUAAGGAAUGUAUGUGUAAUGGGAAAGUUGAAUAUGAUGAGAACACCUCGUCUGGUGUAACUUAUGGAAGGCAGAGAAUUAUAGGAUAGCAAUAUUCAGUGAUAUAUACGCCUCGCCACGGCAUGGGUUUGUGGAAUGUAUGCGUAGGCCGAGUAUAUAUUGCAGAUGGAAAGCUCAAAUAGAUGAGCCAAAGGACCUGGAGUGUUGAACAGC